AUGGAACUCAUUGCAAUGUUUUGCACGCGCGCGACCCGAUCGAUCGGGACACGAUCGUUUGUCACGGUGUCGGACGUUGAUCAAUGUUUUUUCAGAUUAAGAGCGCGCGCCUUGUUGACCUUCGAUUCCCUUGCGAGUUUCGAGGAUAAGAUGGAGGCUGAAGGCCCAACCGAAAAGUGCAGAUCCUCCCAGGAUGAUAUACCCAAAUCAGCUCCUUCGUUAUUUUCAACUGAUACCCAUUACACCGCUUGCUCUCUCGAGUUUUGUCCUUCGAAACCCAACUUUUUGGUUUGCGGACUUUAUCAAACUGUUCAAUUGAAUGGAUCACAGUCGGCUGAAGACUUGGAAUCACCCAAGACCGAACGUCUGGGUAGAUGUUUACUCUUUGAACAAAAAAAUUACACGAGUUCCGUCUCGGAGAUGGAUGGUGAUGCUCAACCACCAAAGUUGGAGUGUAAACAAAUACAGCAGAUCGAUGGCCCGGCAAUUUUGGACCAGAGAUGGACUCAGGAUUCAGAUGAGCCGAUCCUCAUCACGGCUGAUGCGCAAGGAUUUCUCAACUCUUUCGUCCUGGCGAAUGAUUCGUUCAUGGCUCGAUCCAAAAAGGCAGGUAAUAAGGAUCCAGACCACACACAGCUCCGGCCAAUUGAAAAAUAUUCUUGCGCUUCUAAAGAUACAUUAUGUCUGGCCUUGGAUAUAUCAGAUAAAGUACAACGUGCAAGUGAUCAACAGGUAGUGACUUCACUUUCGAAUGGUGAGAUCGUUUUAAUGGAUCUUUCCUCAAGCAAUCAUCGACUUGAGGAAACCUCCCGCUGGCACGCUCACGAUUUUGAGCCAUGGACUUGUGGAUUUGAUUAUUGGCAACCUUCUACAAUACUGACAGGAGGAGAUGAUUGCAAAUUAAAGAUAUGGGACACUCGAAGUGGAACAAGCCAGCCUAUAUUCACUUACAAGCAAUUCGAAGGUGGUGUCACUGCCGUACGUAGCCAUCAUCUGAGAGAGCAUAUAUACGCUGUUGGAAGCUACGACGCGCACCUGAGGAUAUUCGAUAAACGAUACAUUUCCAAACCUAUAUGUGACUAUGACGUAGGAGGUGGGAUAUGGCGAUUAAAAUGGCAUCCAACUCAAGCUAAUCAUCUUCUAGUAGCAGCGAUGCACAACGGGUUCGCGGUGAUGGAUAUACCUGAGUCUGAUGAGCAGGCUGUACGAGUCCAUACACAAUUCACUGAACAUGCUUCUCUUGCUUAUGGGGCUGAUUGGGGAGAGGAGCUAAAACUAGGUACACAGGGCACUAGUACAAUCGUUGGAUCUUGUUCAUUUUAUGAUCAUCUUAUGCAUAUCUGGGCAUUCGAAUCUUGA